GAAAAACCCUGUAUAGUGGGUCUAACUGACUGAAAAGUACAAUUUUACCUAUUUUUAUAACAUUGCGAAAUUCUUCGAGAUUCCAUUAGCAUUUGACGUUUAUUAAUUGUUUGCAAAUGAAAAUCAAUUUCCUUCAAAAAAAGUACUCAACUAAUUUAGCACAACUAUUUUUAUAUUGCGCGGUUGGCCUGUUGAUAAAUAAAUAAAUAAAAAUCGAGUUUCUAGUUUUUUUUUGUCGACCCAUGAAUAAUGUAACGGUCCGCCGGAUCGCGAGAAAUUUUUGGCAGAAAGUGCGGCAGCGUCCUUAAAAUGGCGUUUUAUGUUUUGCCGGUGACGCCUAUUACCCGCACUCGUUAGAAUGUCGGUUACGUAAAAAAAAAGCGAGAGUUACGAUCGAACACAUGUCGGUGCAAUUUUGUUUUCUACCCAAUUAGCGCAUUGAAACUUGUAAAAAAUUCAAAUAAUUCACUUUUUUAACCGACCGUAUAACAGGCGAUCGGUAUUUUUUUAAUGCCUUUAAUUUAGGUCGAUUGCCAGUACAGUGCGUUCACUUCAAAAUUUUACCUGCAUCUCAAAAAAAACUUCUUAUUUUUUAUUCCAAUUAUGGAUGUGAUAGAUUUAGUAGAUUUCUCGGUUAACCCAUUGGUGAAACAAGAUUUAUUAGAUUGCUUAAUAGUAUCUUUAGACCAAGAUUAUUUUGAAUUUAAUGGACAGAUUACAUGGAAAGGUUUGAUUAUGGCAAACCCACUUUUGUUUUUAAAUAGACAUAAUGAGAGUAAUAAUUUUUUGAAAAACAUUUUAUAGACUAAUGAAAGUUCGUUCAGUACAAGUAUACUACUUUAAUUUGUUAAUAAUUAUGGUUGUUGCAGUCAGUCAUGGCACUCUUUGCAAUUAUAUAAAAAUUUCCUAUUUUUGCCGAUUUGUGAAAAACUAGUGGACUAAAAUAUAAAGUGUGUGGCAUCAGUGUAAUCGGAAUAAGAUAUUCUAUUAAACACAUGUAAUAUACAGGGUGUUCCAUUAAAAAAAUGUGAUGUACGCUUCUAGGUCAGAAAAUUGAUACUCUUUUGUUUUAUACGUCACUUGAAAAAAAAAACUUGGCAAUUAACCCUACGUUACGUUUUUUUGUUUGUUUACCUCGACAUCUAGUAGUUCAAAACUGGGACACCCUGUAGACAAAACUUCGAACAGCUUGAAAUAAACUGCGCGCCAGGAAUUUCUUACUUAAAUUUUGCUGCCUUCAUGUUAUUACGCAUCUAAAUAUACAAAUUUUAUCAUAUUUAACCAUAUAUCGUAACGUUUCCAUUGUCAAAAUUAGCGUGCGCCAGUGAAUUUAUUUAAGAAUUUUUCGUUGCCAAACCCGUCAAUUAGCGCAAAUUACCUCGGCAAUUAUUUGCGAACAGCUAAAAUUAAGCGACCAAGACUAACCCAAAUUAGGGUUAAUUAUGGCGGCCGACACAAUAUAUAUUUUUAACUUAUAACUCGAUUACGGACCCACGUAAUUAACGGUAUUAAAUUACUUCGGGAAAAUUUGGUAGAAGUUUUUUUAAUUAGGUAUCGUUUAGUGUUUGACCGAGCUCUCGCGCGUCAAAAGCUCGAAAGUGGUGGGUGCGGGUGACUUUAAAAUAGCCCGAAAGUUAUCGGCAAAGUGAGAAACUGUCUUAGUUUCGCUCGCCGACAUGAAAAACAAAAACAAAUCGAACAGUGACGCGAAACUGGCCAGCGGUCAGCUGAUCAUAACGGAACGGCUGAAGCAAACGGACACGAAGCCGCCGCUGGACAAGAAAAAGCUCGAAAAAUUGGAGAAGGAGAGGGCGAAAGCGGAAAAGAAGUUUCAAGAGAAAUUGAAGAAAGGCAAAACGUACUGCCAGGCGUGCAAAAAGAAAUGCUCGGGCGAGGUGCUCCGCGUCCAAGACAAGUACUUUCACACGGGAUGCUUCAAGUGCAAAGCUUGCGGCUCGUCGCUGGCCCAGGGCGGGUUCUUCAGCAAAGAUGGCGCUUACUACUGCACCGCCGACUACCAACGCAGUUUCGGCACGAAAUGCGCCGCGUGUCAGGAUUAUGUCGAAGGAGAGGUCGUUACCGCGCUCGGCAAAACCUACCACCAGAAAUGCUUCACUUGCGCGCGGUGCAGGCAGCCUUUCCCGUCAGGCGAGAAGGUCACCUACACCGGCAAAGAGGUGCUGUGCCAGAAGUGUGUUCAGAUCCCUGUAAGGGACGCCACCCCCAAGUCCAGCCCCACAGCUAACAGCGUCGGCGCCAACGAAUGUGCCGGGUGCAAAGAGGACCUGAAAGAGGGCCAGGUGCUGGUGGCUUUGGACAAGAGCUGGCACAUAUGGUGCUUCAAGUGCCAUACCUGCGGCACGGUGCUCCACGGGGAAUACAUGGGCAAGGACGGAGUUCCGUUUUGCGAAAGGGACUACCAGAAGCAGUUCGGGGUCAAGUGCGCCUACUGCAACCGCUACAUCAGCGGGAAAGUGCUUCAGGCGGGAGACAACCACCAUUUCCACCCUACUUGCGCGCGGUGCUCCAAAUGCGGCGACCCUUUCGGCGACGGCGAAGAGAUGUACCUGCAGGGCGGAGCCGUGUGGCACCCCAGGUGCGGCCCGGGGCCUCAGACCGAGGACGGACGGGUACUGAACGGUCCCAGUGAUGGCCAAACCAACGGCCACGCCACCGACACCGACGUCUCCACCAGAGAUUACGACAGGCACAGCACCAGCGGCGCCAGCGAGCUGCAGUUUUCAAUGCGGUCCCGUACCCCUAGCUUGAACGGUUCGCUGUAUAGUCCCACGAGCAUGUCUAGAAAGCAUUACCAUUACUCGUACCGCACCCCGUCGCCGGGAUUGAUCCUGCGGGAGCACAACAAGUCCGGCACCCUGGUGGACGACAUCUCACGCAUAUACACCUACAGUUACCUGACCGAGGAACCGUCCCUCGGUUACCUGCGCAGGCCCAUCGACCCUUACGACAAGGCCCCGACAUCGCCUCACUUCCACAGACCGACUUCUCAAAAUUCCCUACGGAGCUCGUCCGGGGCGGGUGGCAAACGGUACGGCUCGCGGUCCGCCAUGAAGGUGCUGGUCGAUUCCAUACGGAGCGAGACGCCCAGACCGAAAUCGCCCCAUAUGAACAACGAGGAGCCCAUCGAGUUGGCCCACUUUCCAGGGGCGAAACCGCCCAAGCCCGGCGAGCCGCCCAAAAUCGAACGAGACGACUUCCCCGCCCCGCCGUAUCCCUACACGGAUCCAGAGAGAAGGAAGAGGUGGUCGGACUCUUAUAAGGGCGUGCCCGAUUCGGAUGAAGACGAUCUGGACGGGAUGACCGAGAAGGAGAUAGAGGACAGGAAACUAAAGAAGGAGGAGGAGGAGUUGACGAAGAUAGCGAGCGGUAUCGGGAAGGUAUUUUUGAAGAACGUCAAGGAGCGGGAGAAAUUCAAGCAGUGGAAGGCGGCGAAUUUGGACCCCCGGAAUGCGUCGAGAACGCCGUCGGCGAACAAGGAGCCGACCUACAGGCUGCGGUACGACAAUCCGAUCGGCGCGAGCCCAUCGCGAAACUUAGACCACCCGAAGCCGUUCGACGAGGACGACUUCGACCGUUCCCUGAGCUGUCGAUCGUCGUCGAUGAGCCGUCCGUCCGGCUGGAACUAUAACGUAGUGUCUUCUUCGUUGAGGGCGGUCCCUAGACCAGGUUACGGAUUAAAGUCGAGCACGUUGCCGAAUAGAAACGGAUACGGUGACUAUUCGUUUAGCGUUAGCGGUAUGGGGGCGAAAACUCACAGUACCGACUUCAGUUGCGGCAAAUCGGACAUUUCCACGGGAUCCAUCACGGAUGUUGAAACACGCGCCCUGAACUCGGAACUUGGUGCUGCGUACGCGGUGGGGAGGUACGCGGGCGGCCCGACGGGUUACGGCUCGCAGGUGCGCAGGUCGCUGCCCAACAUGGCGCACACAAUGCUGAUCAACGAGCCCGCCAAAAUAUACCCGUACCACUUGCUGGUGAUCACCAACUACCGGUUGCCGGCCGACGUUGAUCGACUCAAUCUCGAGCGCCAUCUUUCCGAUCAGGAGUUCGAGGCGAUAUUCCAGAUAGCGAGGCCGGACUUUUACCGGCUGCCGCAGUGGCGUAGGAGCGAGCUGAAACGGAGGGCGAGACUUUUCUAAAAAAAAUAUAUA